GGAACAGGAGCUUGAUUCGAGUGCACAGCCAGCUGAAUUUCAAGUACACGAAAUCUUAGAGUGAGCUUCAAUCUGUGAAAUAUGAAAAAUACCGCAAGUAUCUGGAAUGACGAGGCCAUGAUCAGCAUCCUCCUCGAAGAAUGCGAUUCUCUCGAAACUGGUCCGAGUAAAUUUACUAAUCGGAUGUACCUUUGGAAGGAGUUUAUCGCUGGCUUUACCCGACAGCGUAGCGAAUCUAUAUUCAACGAAGAAUCUCUCGAACAGAAAUUCACGCGCGGCAACCUACGUCUGCCUUUGCUAAAUCGAGCGAUAAAGGCUUUGUGUCAAGAGGGAAUCAUUAAACCUGUAAAAUCUCCGGGCUGGCUAUAUCAGCUGAUGAAUUUCUUUUUUUACACCGAUAUCGACCAACUAUAUUUUAAUGUCGAAGCUGUAGCGCAGACUUGUAGAGCCGUCCAGGUGAUAAUAAAAACUCUGCACUCUCGUCAUUUGAAGGUAACAUACGAGCAUAUGUGGGAUGUCUGUUACGAGACCUGUGAGGGAAACGAGCAUCUCUUCAAGCUCGUUCUUGAAAGGAUACCUGACAUUUCUGUUCAAGGAGAUAUGAUUACAAUUAAAAGCAAGUCGCAUGUUUUCUCUGGCGAACUGUGCGUAAAGCUUGAUGAAGCGUUAGACGAGUUACGUCUAACUGUUCUCAAAAUUCACGAAAUGACUACAAUGCGUCAAUUAAAUGAAUACACAUGUAAUGAGCAGACCUUCAAACAUAAGCGACGAACCCAGAAGAACGAUAAAUUUACGCCCGCCAAGCAGGCUCCGAUACAGACGGAGCUGCUGCCUAUGCUACUUAGCCGACUUCGACAAAUACAGACAGAACUCGAAAAUCAGAAAAGUAGUUCCGAUCCACUCGUCGUGGUAAAAGUCAAUGCUGCUCUAGAGACUAUAGCGGCUGCUAAGACGGUUAUUGAAAUCGUGGAGAAAUUAGAAGUGAGGUCUGGGCAGGAAUAUCAAGAAGAGCAUUACGAACUGCUUGAAUUCGGUAAUGCUGAUCGUUACUGAUUACGAGGACACGGGAAUCCUUUCCAAAAAUGCAAGAGCGGGAGCGAAAAAAUUAUACACUCGUCGCAUGUUCGACUCUGGAUUUUUGUCUGAAGAUUCGUUUCACGAGAUAAAAAGGUGAUACAGGUAGCAUGGCAACUAUAAUUUAAUACAUCAAAUCGUUAAAGACCUAAACUUCGAAGGAAGAGAUAUCUUGUAUGAGAGGAAAAAUGCUAUCAAAAAGGUCAACGAUACCAGUGGAUAGACUCAGAUAAAAAAAGUUGCGCGGCUAUAAUGCUGCACUCGUGCUCUUCACUGUUUUCAUGGUAGUGUCCAGUAGACGUUAGGGUUGAAGGGUACGAAGUACUCGUAUCAUAAAGUGUAAAAAACCUCUAGCAGCACUGCUGGGCGCACAUGGGAGGCAGGCAGCACUAUUAAGAUAUCUUAGAAAAUAUCAGCUUAUAAUUCUCAUUCUAACUUACAUUGUAUAAUUUGUAGAGGAAGAACUUUUCACAGCUGAGUAUAUUCAUGUUUUUAGGACUGGCUACUUGAACAAGUUCUCUGUGCUGUUUAGUUAGUUGAAUUUCAAUGCUAGGGAAUAAGGGAAUUUGGAAGCAGCAGAUUCAGGGGUGCUGUUGCCAGAGAGGUAGUUACAUUACAAUAAAUGCAAUAUAAUAGAAAAGUUUCUGAGCUUUAACCAUAUCAUUUCGUCGAACAUCGAUAUAAAUUUAUAGGAGUAUUUUAAAGUUAUUGCAGUUGGUACUAGAUAAAUCUUCUAUUCGCUCGCGGAAAAUGAAGGAGUACAAUGUCAAGCAAUAUAGGCCAAAUAUAAAAAAUCGUGAUAUACGUGCAACAUUGUAUAUCGAAUCAGCAACAUAUAGUAGGUUGACCUAAAAAAGGCGAGCUAGACAAUUGUGUGAACCUACGAAGAAGCAUAAAUUUCAUAAUCGCACGCGAGAGGCUGGUAGGAGGAAUCUGUGGAUCGUUGAAGAUUGGAAGGCGAACUAUUCGUCCUGUAGCUGUCGGACAACAACGUUUCUAAAUUCAAAACAAAGCCUGUUCUGACGUCGCUCGCCACUUUGCAUAUAAAACAGUUUUCCCGCCGAAGAUGAGUUAGCUAGCGAGAAGAACAAUGAAAGUUAUUCGGAAGAUUGCUUCUAAUCAAUCCAGUGAUUUGGUAUUACUGUCAACCAAACUGUCGCAUAUUUAAAAAAAAAAUGUGUUCAAUUGCUGAACCACCCGUUCCACAGCCUUUGCCUGCCUCCGGAGAGGUGCCAAGUUGAAACGACAGAUAGAUUUUUUAUUAUUUAGCUAGUGAAAAAAGCUAUACAAGAGUUCCAAAAUCCCGUAAAGGUAAUGUUUCAAAAAUAGUACCGUCGUUGCUAUAAUAUUUGUUUUGGAAAAGGCCACUGAAAACUUAUGCAAUGGAUGAACGUUUCCAGUUGGUAGUAAUUUUAUCGUAUCAGAACACCUGUAAGAUAUUCUAUGCAUAAUUGUACCUUGACAACAAAAAAUAAGCGAUUUAUUAGCUUUAUUAUGCUCCCCAAUCAUACAGAUCGCGACCAUUGGUGCUUAACAAAUGUUUUAACAAAAGGGCAACAUCUUUUAAACAUAUAACUUGUAUAUGUAUGAAAAAAUUUAAAAGCACAGCUUUAAAAAUGACUCAAUUUCGUUGCAUCUCUGAAGAGUUUUCCAGAUGGAAACACCAUCGAGUAAAUUCUUUUACAUUGAUUCGUGUGGCACCCAAUUAUAAAGCUUCUGUUAUUAGCCAUGCUCAGUCUUCAUACUAAUUUCAUUAACUUUUUCGAUGAUUAGUCGACCACUACGAAGAGCAUCCUUCAUAUUGAAAUUUACAGAGCUCAGUUACAGACGCGACAGUUCAGGAUCAUGUUUGGUUAAUGCGUCUGUGCCUUUUUAUCAUAAUAAAAUUGUAAACCAAGGCGGAUUUUUGCAGAAAUCACACUCAUGUUCAAAGUGCCCUAUUUUAAGCCUGAAUAAAAACACUCUAAGUGUUUUUCAACUCUUACUGUCACAUCUUGACUUUGAAAUGACACCAACGCCGACUUGGCGCAACUUAUAUUACCUUAGGUAAAUGUGUCAUGUGACUUUAAAUUCCCACUAACUAAAAACCGGCCGAUACUUUUUUGACGACCCACUACACAUAUGUAUAUGUACCCACCAAUAUGAAGUACAUGCACUUCUCAAUUAUAUGUAGUCAAAAUCGAUAUGCUUUACAUUAUCUUUUUGGAAGCCGUUUUAAUAAGUCGAAAUUAAUAACCUAUCCCUAACGUACCUACACCGAAUCUAUUCCACUCAGAAGAACUCUCAAAAACAUCAAAAAAAAUAUCAAAUACGAUAUCCAAGACAAAAUUCUAGAUUAAACUCUUUAUUUGAUGAUAUAUGUAGGGUUCAUAUAUUAGACGUGUUGAAAACUAAAAGGACAACAACUUUUGAACGUCACCAUCAGCUUAAACGGUAAUCUCGCGUAUAAAUCUAUUGAGGAACUUAAUUUGAGCGCAUCGACUGACCAAUAAAGGGUACAGUCCAUCUUUGGCCGGAAUUUAAGGUGCAAUUUUCAUUAAAAACUAGGAAAAACACAGAAUAUAACUAUUUCUAAACAAGUAUCGAUGUUUUGUUUUAUCAAAAGUCAAAAACAAACGUAUAUUAGACAUUUGGUAAUGUGAGUCAAAUCAAAAGGUCAAUUUGAUAUCAUUAACUUUGAGACGUGAAGAAACUUGGCUUUGAUAGCAACAGAACUUCCCGUAAACGUAUUAAGCAAACAAAGUAGUGAAGUAACUAUAUAAUAAUAAUUAGAAAAUAUGUGUGGAUGGCAAAGAAUACGACGGCAGAGUAUUCGCACUU